UUUUUUUUAAUUAAGAAUAUAAAAUACACGAACAUUCAGCAGCCUGUAUGUUGUGAAAGCGGCAUCCCCUCGCCCAUCGAAGAAGAUGGCUCGAUCUUCUUCGGGAGGAAGAGUAGACAUCUCCGCUACAACGAAGAAGAUCGAUGUGGAUAACCGAAAACCAUUGCAGUUUUACUUUCGCAUCGCGAAUAAUAUUCUCAAGCAGGCUGACAUCUUCCGGGAAGAAGGAAAUAUUGUUGACUUGUAUGUUAUGCUGCUUAGAUUUUCAAGUCUGGUCAAGGAGACAAUUCCUUGCCAUCGAGACUAUAGAACACUUGCACAAGGCAAUAGAAAUGAUCUGAAAAGGAGACUGAUAACUACACUGACUGAGCUUGAGGAAUUGAAACCAGCCGUUCAAGCAAAACUUCAGGAAUUACAAACCAGACAAAUUUGUCAACUAAACAAGCAGCAAAGUUCUUGGAAAAAUGACACUCAGGUAUCUUCAGUUGAAUGGCCCGCCGUCAAACAAAACUGGAACAGUUAUAAUACAAUGAAGACACUGCAGCCAGUUUCUAGCAAAUAUGGGUAUCAAGGUUUGAAGUCUCACUCGCACAUGAAACUCGUGGUGGAGCAUCUGCAUCGAACAUGCUUUGGGCAGCAAAAGAGGGGUAUGGUUGUUCAGCAGUUGAUUGCUGAUUGUAGAACCUGGGGUUUUGAUUCUUUACUUCUGAGGCUUGAGAGUUUGUUUGUCCAGUAUCCAAGCCAUGUAGACUUUGCUCUUCAGAUCCCUAGGGUUAGUAACAUUCCACAUGCUGUCAAAGAUGAGACCACAACCAUGGAGGAUGAUGUUAACUCAGAACAAGAAAAAUCAAAUCUGGAAGCUGUGGUUCAACCGAAAAAUGAUGGCCACCUGAUUAAAGAAUCGGAUUCUCUAAUUUCUUUUGAAACUGUUGAAAGUUCUUCACCAACUGAAAUUAUCAGGCAACCCUCUCCUCCUCCUCUUCUAGCUGAUGUACAGGAUUUGGUCCCAACAUCAACUGCAGCAACUCAGGCAGAAUGUGGAAUAGCAAGCUCUUCAACUGAUGCUUUACCUUGCUCUGAAGAACCCUUGCAGUUGCAUAUAUCAACUGAACUGAUGAACAGUUUUAUGAAGCUAGCGAAGUCAAACACAGAUAAGAACUUAGAAACAUGUGGAGUCCUUGCUGGUUCCCUUAGAAACAGAAAGUUUUUCAUUACUGCCCUCAUUAUUCCGAAGCAAGAAUCGACAUCGGAUUCAUGUCAGACAACGAAUGAGGAGGAAAUAUUUGAAGUGCAGGACAAGCAGUCUCUUUUUCCACUGGGAUGGAUUCAUACGCAUCCUACUCAAUCUUGUUUCAUGUCAUCAAUCGAUGUUCACACCCAUUACUCUUACCAGGUAUGCUUCGUUUGUCUUUCUAAAGUACUUCAUAAAAUAAGCUACCAAGUUACCAACAAGAUUUUGCAUCCCUCAAUUGAAUACCAAUCUUUAGAAAGCAUGUUGGUAUUGAGUACUUCAUAAAAGAAGCUACCAGCAACAUUUUGCAUACCGCAAUUGAACACCAAUAUUUAGAAAGUAUGUUUGGUUUUCUUCACAUUACGAGAAUCUAUAGAAAGGUAAAAUGUCUCUUUAGCCCUAUAUUUUUAUGGUAUGUUGCAAUUUGCAAGUCUGGUAAUAAAUAUGCUUUCUUUGAAUUUCA